UGGUGUGCUGUUCCCAGUUCUCGACGGGUUUGGGAGGAGUUUCACCGGUGGGAAAGCCUUGCCUAUCAAAUGUUGUCUUGUUGCUUCCUCAUUCAUCGUCCAGCCCUUGCUGUGCUACGUAGUAGCGGCGGCUCUGGAGGUCCUAAUACCGCCAAGUGAAGCGCUCAGUCCGGGCCUAUGGUAGCCAACUUGUGAACGCUGGUUGGCUUUGGAUUAAGGUGCACACGGGGGGGUUCGGGUGGAGUUUUUCCCUGCUCUGAGGAAUGCGACGCGCGGACGGGAAAGGAGACGCACAUCACUCAGGGGGAGCGAUACUCUUCGGCACACCGAUAGGAGAGGAGACGAGCUGUGCAGCGAGGUCAGGAGGUUGGAGUUGAUCUCCUUUACCUCUACACACCCCUGAGCCAAGACUUUUUGUCCUACCUCUCUCCGAAAAGAUGCCAAACCGAUCUCAAAGCUCAUCGAUUGGGGAAAACCCUCUCGACCCAAACUACCUGCCCCCACAUUACCGUGAGGAGUACCGUCUGGCCAUUGAUGCUUUGAUGGAAAAUGAUAUUAAGGGCUACUAUGAGUUCCUCCAGACCGCAGAUGUGGUAGGUUUUCUGGCACAGCCAGAAAUUGAAUUUAUCAAGUCUACAAUCCAGACUCCCAACCUGUCAUCAAGCAUCCCAGAGCUGACAUACCAUGAGGGAGGUAAUGAGGUUGAUGGCUCUUCAGAUACCUACUGGCCAAUGCAGUCUGACCUGGCAGCCCCUGGGCUGGACCUGGGCUGGCCGCUGGCACAGCAGAGCUUCAGGGGGCCUACAGAGGUCACCACUCUUGUCAACCCCUCUGACCCAGACAUGCCAAGCAUCAAGGAGCAGGCCAGGAGACUCAUCAAGAGCGCAUGCCAUGUUAUUGCUGUGGUAAUGGACAUAUUCACAGAUGUUGACAUUUUUUCCGACCUGUUGGAUGCAACAUCUCGACGCGUUCCUGUUUACAUUCUGCUGGAUGAGCAGGACGCUCAUCACUUCGCCUCUAUGGUCAUCAACUGCAAAGUCAACUUGGACCUAAAUCCGUUCAUGCGUGUGAGGACUGUGGCAGGGAUCACGUAUCAUUCGCGGACAGGGAAAUCAUUUAAAGGGCAGGUGAAAGAUCGCUUCCUUUUGGUUGACUGCGGGGCAGUUCUCAGUGGCAAUUACAGUUAUAUGUGGUCUUAUGAGAAGAUCCACCGUUGCAUUGCCCACCUCUUCCUCGGGGAGCUGGUUUCAACCUUUGAUGAAGAGUUUCGCAUUCUUUUUGCUCAAUCAGAGCCUCUAGUAAUCGACCCAUCUGAUGGGGCACUUGCAAUGUCUGACACCAGCAGCACAAGCAGCUACUUCAGCAGCCAGUUCGGUUUGAAGAGGACCCAGUCUUUGCGUAACCCCAUAGGUUUCCGCAGACAACCUGAGAUUACCUCUGGCUUCCCCUAUGGAGAUUCUGAUCGUAACCUCGGAAUUCCUUUCCGGAGGAAUGACCCAUUUCGUCACACAGUUGAACCAGGAGCAGGAAUUACAGUGGGGAAGUAUUCACAGCAACAGUUUCGUAUGCAGCAGUCGUAUCUGGAGCAGGGAAGGUCCAUAGUUUCCAGGCAGAUGGAACUGAGUACCAGUGCUUUCAAGAGACACAGCUAUGCAGAGGGAACACAAGAAAACUACGUCUCUUCAAGGCAAUACAUGAAGCACAGAGUCAUGAAUAAUCUGGAUGAGACAGAUUUCCACAGCAGGGAGCAGACCAAAAGUAGCCAUUUCUACAGUGAAGGGCCUGGGCCAGGAUCUGGUCAAGGACACUACGACAGACUUCAAGGUCGUCCCCCACACCUCUCUAUUGACCAGCAUUCAGAAUCAAGUUUUCACUCGGAUCGGGAGGCUCCACUUGGAAACUAUGGCAGAGACUACUUUUCUUCUGAAGAUUUGAGAGGAUCUGAGGGGCACCAUGCACCUCCAUUAGCAGGGAGGUAUGGAGGAGGGUCCGGUCAUAAAAGACCAACAAUAGGUCAGGCAUAUGCCUGUCAAAGCUCACCUACACAGCCCCACCCACCAGAGAAGAAACCUUUUCCAAAACAAUCUGAUCAAGAGAAUCAACAAGAUCCAGAGGCUAAGCACGGCAUGAGGAAUUGGAGAAUCCAUUCCUAUCUAAGUUCCUAUGAGGAAGGUGCGGAAGAAGGUCUGCCUCAACCUUUGGGGCCUGAUGCAUUUGAAGAUCCUCAACCAUCUCAGCAGCCAACUGACACAGAGAGUUCUGCUCGCUUUGGCAUAAGGGAGCAAUCCAAUGUUGCCCCUAAAUCCAGACCAGGAGUCCCAAGACCACGGUUUGGAAAGCCCAUUUUACCUGAGAGCAACAGUAAAGACUCUGCACCAACAACAACAAUAAAUGAUCUGCAGGAGAGGGAGGCUGCAAAGGAAAGGGAGAGAGAGACAGAUAGUGGUGCAACGAAGGAGGUGGGUGUUGAUGUAGAGAUGAAAGAGGGUCCAGAUCUCUUCCUGUCCAAACAUGAGUCAUUUCGCACACGAAUUAACCCACUUCUACAACGCAGUUCUCGUUUGCGUUCUUCACUGAUAUUUUCAUCUUCUAAAGCAGAAGUGCACAGUAGUGGCUUGGGUCUUAAACCAGCCACAGAGACAGAUGAGGAGUUAGACUCACUACGCACUUCUUCGAUUGUGGCCCAGAUCCUAGAGAAGAGGAGGUCAUUAUCACGUGAGCCUUUUGAUUGGAGAAAGAAGGCUGAGGAAAAAGAGAAGGAGAAAGAGAGAGAAGAUCAACAGAAGAAAAGAGAGAGAGAAGAACAACAGAAGGAGAAGGAGAAAGAAGAACAACGGAGAGAGAAAGAACGACAGCAAGAGGUUAAAGAUAACCGGUUGAAAGAUGACAUUAAAGCUAAAGAGGAACCUUGGAAAACUAACAAAGAGGUGAAGACAAUACCAGCUGUGGAGAAAUCUGAAGUACCAGCAUCAACAUCUUUGAACAUGAAUGACCCAGCCAGUCGACUGCAGUAUUUCCAAGACCUUGCUGCCAAAAGAAAAGCCUCAAGAAUGGGGACAGAGUCAUCACUAAAAAACCCAGAGCCUGCUGAAAAAAAGCCAGACCUUUCUGAUAAGCCUUCCAUAAAGACUGUAACAGCUCCAAAAGUCCCAACAGUCACUGUUAGUUCAGCAGAAUCUGAACCAAAAAGACCAGACAUUGCAGCAAAACUGGCAGAGCUUACUCGUAGACCUUCAGUUAGUUCCUCAAAACCACCAAUAAUCACUGCAAAGCCCUAUGUGAACCCCCAUCAGAAGGCUUCAGAGGCAAAUCCACCUCAGAAAGAGGAGACUGCAUCAGAGGGUCAAAAGAGAGAUAUAUUUAAAUCACUAAAGCCUCUUCCUUCUCCAAAGAUCUUCAGGAGGGACCCACUGAAGCUCAAAGCACUGAAUCCUCGCCGUAUCUCCUGUGGUGAGGAGAUACUGACCACAGAUGCUACAGAUGCAGAGAAGAGUGAACUGAAAAAGAACCGGUCUCAAAGUUCAUCCACCCUGCCACGUGAUGACUUUAAAGUAAUGGGAUCUAAUACGUCCAUAAACACUCUUGGUGAGACAAAAGGCGAGGGUAAGACACUCGACUUCUUAAAGAAACAGACUCAGAGGCUCAAGGGAUUCCUGGGGCCAAAAGAUAAAGAAAAGAAAUCUACAGGAGAAGAAAAGGGCAUGAGCAGAGUCGCAGAAAUCCCAGAUGAUUCAAGCAAAAAGCCAAGUUCAUCAGGAAAAAGCACAGGGCCUACUACUACUACUACUACUACUGACCAAACUGCAGCCAAUCACAAGACAUCAACAACAACAACAACGUCAGGCCAGUCUCGAUACUUGGCCCAGGGCAGCUCUGUUAUCUUCAGUAGCAACCUAAGAGAUGACACCAAAGUCAUACUCGAGCAAAUAUCGGCCAAUAGCCAGAAGAACCGAUUGGAGCGAGAAGAAGCAGGAGGGGGAAAAGAGAGUGAUUCCGGGGAAAAGGCACUUGAAAGGCAAAACUCAAUUAAGAAGAGUCGAUUUCUGCGACCGCCAGGCAACAUCCAGGAGAGGGAGGGACUGCUGAAGAGGAUUGAGAGUCUGAGGAAGGAGAAGAAGGUCUACAGCCGCUUUGAGAUGGGGAAUAACCUGGGAUAAUGAGAGAUGGAGCAGCGACCGUAAUAUGGAAACUAUUUAUGCAAGAUGAUCAAAAAGACCAAUUGCCCAUAUGUGCCAACAACACUAUCAAAGUACCUCUGUGGCUCUUCACUGCAGCCUUUCCUGGACUUUCACACAAAGUAAUAAAACUUGAAAAGACAAUAUAUAUGAUUGCUGAAAACCAACUUAGGUCAUUGAGUUUGGAAUGUGCCUGUUUGCCAAGCCUUGGUACUACUUUUACCUUUUAUGGUGACUGAGAGAAAGAAGAUUGACUCAGCUUGUGCACUGGCUGCAUUGGCUAGUGUUUCACCAAACAGAAAAAGGUAGGGCAAUUUACCGCCAGCUGAUCUUGUAUGAACAUGACUGAGGGAGUUUGAAAGGAUUAAAGAAAGACAGUACAUAUUGCUCCUGAGGGAAUAUGAAUAUGAGUGCAAAUGUAAAUUACCGAUGGUGUCUUUGCAAGUGUCAGGUAGAACUUGUUUGAAACUUAAUAGGACUUAGCGUCUUGUGGAUUCCACAUCUGCCCAUUGACGACAAGAGUUUUAGGUAAGCUGAAAGGACUAUUAUCAAAACAGAUGAGAAAGAAAGUAAAUAUGGAAAAGACUAGACUUAGAAGAAUAACUGACGGAGGCUGAAAAUCUAAGGAAAAGUAUGUGAAUGCUCAGAAAAUAAGAGCUGAGACAAAUGAUAAGAAAGUGAAAGAAGAUAGUGCCUUGAUCUGAAGUAUCAAAAGUAUGUUUUAAUCAAAAGAAGAGCCUGAGGUGAACUUUGCCCUUAAAAGACAGAGACCCUAUCAGAGUGGAAGAAGGAAAGUAACAAGUCAGGGAGGGGCUUUCAUCAAUCAUGGUUAAAAGGUUUAAAUUUAAAAUGUAAUGCAAUGUGCUUCAUCUUAUUUUUGGAAAAGAAAAAUGUAAAUAGCUGCCCUGAAUUUAUGUAAAAACUAUCACAUGUAAAAGAUAUGAGAGAAAAAAAGCUUAUAUUAUGCAGCACUAGAACAAGGUAGUGCCUGCUUACACAAAUCACCAAACUUCUGCAGCUACGCCCAGCACAGGACUCCAAGCGUCUUUGUUUGGCCUAAACAUGAUUAAACCAAAGAUGUUGUUAGAAAGCAAAGUUUCGAGGCAGCUUGACAGCUCAGCAUCAAACAAUAUCAUGUUUGUUGUUUUUGUACAAUACAGUGAAACAUUAAAUGCUCUAUUAGACGCAUCAGGGUUACAGUUUUCCACACAGGGUAAUAAUGUAAAUAUUAAUAUAAAAUUUGAUGGUGAUAUUCUGAAUAACAAAUAAGACUGUGGUCACCCCCAACUGUACUAUUGAUGUGCCUUGUGUUUAUUAUUGAAUAAAAUGUAAAUAUGAGGUCUUGGCUGUAAAAAAAAAAACUGCAUUGAUGAGGGGAAAUGUGUUUUUAAACUUGAGAUAGAUUGUCUUAGAAAAACUGUCUUUAUUAAAUGUCUUUAAAACUGA